AAGAUGCCAAAGCUGCGAGAAGGGCCCAACGUGGCAUGACAAUGUGUUCGAGCGAAGUUCUGCCUCCAAUAACAUGACGAGCGCCGCUGUCAAAAAUAGGGCUCAUUCCCUCGACUCGGUUCGGGGUAUGAGAAGGCUCGUUGCUGCUUGCGUCUACGCUCUCGUCCUCGUUCCACAGCUGCUGGUCGCUAAGCUUCUAUGCGAACAUUCGACGUGACUCUCGUUUGCCGUCUCUCUUCUGCGCGAUGUCAGAUCCACUUCAGCGCGACAGAGAUUCAGAAAACGGCGCGUGCGCUGCUCACGAGCCCGCCGUCGACCGUCGCAAUGCUAGCGAUGGAGUUACGGCGGGCUCCCAGCUGCCCUCCGCCGCCGUCACUAUCGCCAUGCUUUCCGCAUCCUACUACUUCAACGUGCUCAUUAUCAUCGACGUCAUUUUGGUAAUGAUAUACGAGAACGAUUCCGGCAGGGUGGAUCUCAUUCGGAACUGGGACGCGUUACUCGUUGGUCAAAUCAUUGGCCAGAUCAUCUUCGGAGUAUUGUGUGAUCAUGUUGGACGGAAGGCCUCGCUAUAUGCCUCGGCCGCUGUACUGCUCGCAGGAGCAGUGCUAUGUACGGCUGCCAGCGGUGUCCAUGGCAUAUCAGGAUUGUUAUGGUUCAUGACGAUUGCACGAGGGAUAAUAGGCGUGGUAUGAUAUCAUCACGAGCUUGCUUUCAGCUCUGCAUUGACACCUCUUAGGGCAUCGGCGGUUCUUCCUGCACCGCAUCCAUCAUUGCCUUCGAGACCACGAAUGACAGGAAGGACGGAAGGAACCGAGCUUUCAUACUGAAGACAAAUGUUGUGU